UCCAUCAUUGAAAAUAAGGGCAGAAGAAAGACCUUCCCCGCUAAUAAGGAGCUUGAUGGCCAGGACCAAGCUAUAACUAGUCACCCUGCGAUUUCAAGAGCCCAGCAUGAAGCCGCUGCCAAUUUGCUUAGCCUUGAAGAGGCCCUACGACGGCACUCCGAUCUCGUACGUUCUAUCGCAGAUGCAGAGCCUCGAUUCGAAGCUGUACGCCGACUUACGCUGAUUGAGCAGUCCGCUGGAAGCCCUCUCUUUGUCGCCAGCAAUGACUCUAAACUCAAUGUAUCAUCAAUAGACGGGCUUGAGGAAGGUCGACCUACACCAAGAGCAACCCCACUGAUCAUACCGUCUCCAUCAUCGCAUUUGCAAUCGAUGGAACAGAUAAAAAUUGCUGAUUCUUCUUCCUCACAAACCUCACCAUCUCGAGUAGAGAUAAGCCGGCAGCCUAUCCAAUCCCUUCAGGAAGUUCCAAAGACAGGACUGUCUAGCCAGUGGAAACCCGGCUCUGUGGACGGGCAGUUAAAUCGUACUGACAGCACUAUUAGCGAUCUUCUUCUUGAAGACAUCGAUAGUAAUAACAACGCUGAAGGUGAAUCAUCAUCAGCAGAGCCAUUAUUUAGCCAAGACAGAAUUAUCCUCAUCCGGCGCAGAGAGACGCAGCGUCUUGCAGAGGAGAACCUUAAGGCAGCUAACCAGUUGGGACCAACACCAAGCACAAUGUCUUCAAGAGAUAUUUCUAGAUUCAACAACGUUGCAUCCUCAUCUGGGGAUACCAAUGUACAGGUAAUUGGUCAGGAGAUGAAAAAUGCCAACCAUCUGUUACAUGUACCUCUUGUGGCCUCGGUACAGGGAAAAUCAUCUCUACAGUCAUUGCCAAGGGUUGCCAGCCUACCGGCGACCUCGAGAGUCACUGAAUCGAUGAAUGGUAGGGAUCCAGCUCUGAUACAAUAUUCGGGUCCCGGAAAGUUUUUGGACCGGUCAAGUAACAUGAGUUCCAUGAGCCCAGAGCAAUACAAUUGCAACAAAAGGAGUCGACUCGAAACAACUAGUUUCAGCACCAGAAAUGAGUAUCUCCAUUCCUCAUUCUCUUCUCUUUUUAUUCCUCCCCGCCGGUCAUUGAAGCAGCCCAAAACCAAUCUCUAUGACAUACAACACGAUGAAUCUUCUGAAUCCAAGUCACUAGAACGGCUGCUCGGUGACAAGUCCAACCAGAGACUGCCACGGUCAAGCCAACACAGUUAG